AUGGCAGCGGGAGUGGCCGCCUGGCUUCCCUUCGCCCGGGCGGCGGCCAUAGGAUGGAUGCCCGUGGCCAGCGCCCCUAUGCCGUCGCCCCCCCGGGAGAAGAGGAGGCCACAGGACGGACUGAUCAUCCUCAAUGUCAGCGGGACCAAGUUCCAGACCUGGCGGAACACCCUGGAGCGGUACCCGGACACGCUGCUCGGGAGCACGGAACGGGAUUUCUUUUUCCACGAGGAAACUAACGAAUACUUCUUUGACCGAGAUCCUGACAUAUUCCGUCACAUCCUUAAUUUCUACCGUACGGGGAAGCUGCACUACCCGCGCCACGAGUGCAUUGCCGCGUACGACGAGGAGCUGGCGUUCUUUGGGAUCAUUUCGGAGAUCAUCGGGGACUGCUGCUAUGAAGAGUACAAGGACCGGCGGCGCGAGAACGCCGAGAGGAUCCAGGACGACGAAGACAAUGACAACAAUGUUGAUCUGGUGCCGCCUGAUAUGACCUUCCGGGAGACCAUGUGGCGCGCCUUUGAGAACCCGCACACCAGCACAAUGGCGCUGGUCUUCUAUUAUGUCACUGGGUUUUUCAUCGCGGUUUCCGUCAUGGCCAACGUGGUGGAGACGGUGCCCUGCGGCGCCUCACCCAACCGAGUUAAGGAGGUGUCCUGUGGGGAGCGCUACGCCCUGGCUUUCUUCUGCCUGGAUACGGCCUGCGUCAUGAUAUUCACGGUCGAGUACUUGUUGCGUCUGCUAGCGGCGCCCAGCCGAUACAAGUUCGUUAAAAGUGUCAUGAGCGUCAUCGACGUGGUCGCGAUCAUGCCCUACUACAUCGGGCUGGUCAUGACCAACAACGAGGACGUGAGUGGGGCGUUCGUCACUCUGAGAGUGUUCCGCGUGUUCAGGAUUUUCAAAUUCUCCCGGCAUUCCGCGGGGCUGCGCAUCCUGGGCUACACGCUGAAGAGCUGCGCGUCAGAGCUGGGAUUCCUGCUCUUCUCGCUCACCAUGGCCAUCAUCAUCUUCGCCACGGUGAUGUUCUACGCCGAGAAAGGGUCCUCGGCGAGCAAGUUCACCAGCAUCCCCGCGGCUUUCUGGUACACCAUUGUCACCAUGACAACACUGGGGUAUGGAGACAUGGUCCCUAAAACCAUCGUGGGGAAGAUCUUUGGCUCGAUCUGCUCUCUGAGCGGGGUGCUGGUGAUCGCCCUGCCCGUGCCCGUCAUCGUGUCCAACUUCAGCCGCAUCUACCACCAGAGCCAGCGCUCAGAGAAGCGCCGGGCGCAGAAGAAGGCGCGGCUGGCUCGAGUGCGAUUGGCUAAGAGCAGCGGUGCUCGAGCCUACGCACAAUACAAACACCUCCGGCUCCUGAGCGCUGCACUGGAGCAGGCCUCCAAGCAAGCAGGGCAGGCCCAGGUCUCCAAAACCAGCCCCACCUUCCAGACACAGCACCACCACCUGCUGCACUGCCUGGAGAAGACCACGAACCAUGAGUUUGUGGAUGAGCAGGCGUACGAGGCGGGCUGUAUGGAGGUGUCUCUGGUGAAUAAGCUGGGCUCCCACUCCUCCUCUCUGAGCUCCUCCCACCACGGCCUGUCCUCCUGCUGCUCCCGCACCCGCAGGAGGAACAACCUGCACCUCCCCAACUGCACCUCCUCCCCCCACCCGGGCAGCCUGCAGGAGCUCAGCACCAUCCACAUACAGGAGAGAGUGCCUCUCUCUCUCUCUCUCAGCAGGGCGAGGGCGGCUCUGGAGGAGAGGGUGCCACUGAACUGUGACCCGCCGUACCUGACGGCCGCUGUCAUCACCAUGCCGACGCCCCCCGGGACCACGCCCGAGGGGGAGUCCUCCUCCAGCUCCUCCCACUACUCCCAGAGCAACAUCGUCAGAGUGUCCGCCCUGUAGACACGCCCCCCGAGUGACUGACAGCUGUGCACCACGCCACUGCCCCCUGCAGGAGAGCCGGCAGACUGCAGGACCGCCCGGUCUGGGGUCCUGCUCUGGUGUGAAACUCCAGGGACGCUGAUGCAAUAGCUCUCCACCCACCACCAGGGGGCGCUGUCUGGGGAACCCCUCCACACUCCCACCCUGGAUCUUACAGUCGGAGAAGAAAGUUCUUUUUUAAAUAUCCUGUCUUUCAAUGUCACCUUUUUUAUUCGCUGAAGAAUGUCGUUCAAGGACUUAGAGAGAGAGAGAGCGCUGUUAUGCGUGACCUAACCAGUCAACCUGCGUCUGCUCAGACCUCCACACUCUCACGUGAUCACCGGCCCAGACUCUGCUCCUGCUCCCAACACCGGGGUUCCGGUGGCGCUGAUCCAGUCAGUGCUCAGCUUCACAUCCUGUCCUGUUUUCAUUUUACCCUUUGUUAUGAAAACUCAAAGGAGAUUUCCUGAUUGUUUGAUAGCUACACUUUCCAUGGGCACUGCAGGGUGCUGACAGGCAGGACAUUCAGUUGAUAAGCACAGCUUUUGAAGUUUGGAUCAUCUUGGAAAAGUUGGUUGAAGGUGAGAUGAUGUCAGGGCAGAAACUCAGUGUCAGGUUGUAAUUGAAUCUUAAAGCCCUCAGACAGAAUUCCUGUUUGUGAAACGUGAAAAUGGUGGAAGAAACUCGAUACUUUUAUUGAUUAGCACUGAUUAGCAGUUGUAAAAAAGAGAAAUGAAGCUGGUUUUGCUCAAACAUGCCAGGAACAUGGUGAUGUGAACAUCUUGGGAUACACACACACUGCAUUAUUGUGAAUGGGUGAUAUUCAGCAGCUGUUUAAUGGACCAUCCAGUAGCUGAAUGUGUUCAGGUGGCAGGAUGACGAUGUCAAAGCUGGGCUUUCUGGGAACCUGGAGGAUUCACACUGCCACUUUGAGCUUUUUCCUUUCCCAUAAUGCAGUGGGGCAGAGGAGCAGACAUUAGAGGCCUUCCCAUGAUCCUCCUGGCCUGGCCCGCAGAAGGAUGGCCACCCCCACUGCCUGCUGGGAUUUAUGCAACGUCUUUUUACACCUUUUAUUUGUACUGAGAGAAAACGCCAAAAAAAAAAAAAAAAAAAACAGACCUAUUUUUUACAAGAAAAAAAAAAAGGUUCUGUGUUGGUGUUUUUUUUGUUUGUUUUUUUUGUUGAAAAGGGGCGUGGUCACGUGUGACGUCGUGCUGUGAAUUGUGCUCCUGCCUUGUCGAUACUGAUCUCCGUUUGUGUUUUUCUUUUUAUUUAAAUGGAUGUUUCCAGAAUCUUCUUUGAGGUUUGCCGUCUAAUCCCAAACGUUUUUUUUUUAUCAAUUCAGUAUUUUGUUUCCUAACAAUUUAAGGUUGAAUUGAAGUUUUGCAUGUGUUCAUUGACGAAUUUGGAUUUAUUGUUCUAGAGAGGGUCUUGUUUCAGGUUCAAGACUUCAGUAUGUUUAAUGCACAUGAGAUUAUGUAAAUUAAAAAAAUAUGAUUAUUAAUUAUUGAUUUCAAUUUCUUACAGCUUGUGCUUUGGACAAAAUAUGUAAGACAUUGAUAAGUUAGAAAGAAAGAAAACAGUUCAGUGCAGCAUCUAUGAAUAAAUGAACUGAUUCGCUGUUCUAAUAAAAUCUUGAUGAAAAUGC